GCCUCGGUGGAUUGCAUUUUAAUUAAGGAUUCCCAGCAGCUCUUUGGGAUUUUUACAGUUUCCACUCAUGUGUUGACACCGCGUUCAGGAGAAAUUCGCUCCAAGUGCAUCUAGCGCCUGGGACCUGAGACAGAGUUGGCCUUUCGUGCAUGCAAUUCCAGGGAUUUUGGUUUUGUUUGGGGUUCUUUUUCUUCCUUUCCUUUUUUUCCCCUUUUCUUUUUGCAGGGAGAAAGAAGGAAGCCGAGGGUAUCAUCAACAAGCCUGCCUUUCGGAUCCUGCAGGAAAAACCCAUGUAGUGAAGCGCUUGGGUUUUAAAGGCAGGGCUUUCCAGACACAUUUGGGGAGUUCAGCUCGAGUGCUUUGUGCUCAUGGACCAGCCGCGCAACUUUUGAAGGCUCGCCGGCCCAUGCGGGGUCUUUCUGGCGGCGCGCCGCCUGCAGUCUCUCUAAAGCGCCGGGGCUGGAGUUGCUGAGCCUCCCGGCCGCCGGGGUCCAUGUAGCCGCGGGCCGGGCGCGGACUGCGGAUCGGCGUGCGCGCGUUCCCCGCCGUCCAGCCCCGGCGAGCUCCCUCAUGUUGCAGCCUUGCGGUGCCCCUUCGACGACAGGCUGUGCGCGGUUUGCACGGCGCCCUGCGGCAGAGCUUCAUGUGGGGCUGCGGCCCGCGCAGCCGGCGCCUCGCUGAGGAAACGGACCCCCGGUAACCGGAGACCGCCUCCCCCCCCUCCCCCGGCGCCAAAGGAUAUCGUAUGUUCAGGUCCAAACGCUCGGGGCUGGUGCGGCGACUUUGGCGAAGUCGUGUGGUCCCCGACCGGGAGGAAGGCGGCGGCAGCGGCGGCGGCGGUGGCGAAGAGGAUGGGAGCGUGGGCAGCCGAGCUGAGCCGGCCGCGCGGGCACGAGAAGGCGGAGGCUGUGGCCGCCCCGAAGUCCGCCCGGUAGCCCUGCGGCGGCCCCGGGACGCGGUGGGACAGCGAGGCGCCCAAGGCGCUGGGAGACGCCGGCGCUCAGGGGGCCCCCCGAGGCCCAUGUCCGAGCCGGGGGCCGGCUCUGGGGGCUCCUCGCUGGACGUGGGGGAGCCGGGAGGCCAGGGCUGGCUGCCCGAAAGUGACUGCGAGACGGUGACCUGCUGUCUCUUCUCGGAGCGGGACGCCGCCGGAGCUCCCCGAGAAGCCGGCGAACCCCUGGUCGGGGCGGCCCAGGAGCCGGAGGGCGGCGGGCGGAGUCGCGAAGCCCGCUCGCGGCUGCUGCUUCUGGAGCAGGAACUCAAGACGGUCACGUACUCGCUGCUGAAGCGGCUCAAGGAGCGCUCGCUGGACACGCUGCUGGAGGCGGUGGAGUCCCGCGGCGGCGUGCCGGGCGGCUGCGUGCUGGUGCCGCGCGCCGACCUCCGCCUGGGCGGCCAGCCCGCGCCGCCGCAGCUGCUGCUCGGACGCCUCUUCCGCUGGCCCGACCUGCAGCACGCCGUGGAGCUCAAGCCCCUGUGCGGCUGCCACAGCUUCGCCGCCGCCGCCGACGGCCCCACCGUGUGCUGCAACCCCUACCAUUUCAGCCGGCUCUGCGGGCCAGAAUCACCGCCACCCCCCUACUCUCGGCUGUCUCCUCGCGACGAGUACAAGCCACUGGAUCUAUCUGAUUCCACAUUGUCUUACACUGAAACAGAGGCCACCAACUCCCUCAUCACAGCUCCGGGUGAAUUCUCAGACGCCAGCAUGUCUCCGGACGCCACCAAGCCGAGCCACUGGUGCAGCGUGGCCUACUGGGAGCACCGGACGCGGGUGGGCCGCCUCUACGCGGUGUACGACCAGGCCGUCAGCAUCUUCUACGACCUACCUCAGGGCAGCGGCUUCUGCCUGGGCCAGCUCAACCUGGAGCAGCGCAGCGAGUCGGUGCGGCGCACGCGCAGCAAGAUCGGCUUCGGCAUCCUGCUCAGCAAGGAGCCUGACGGCGUGUGGGCCUACAACCGCGGCGAGCACCCCAUCUUCGUCAACUCCCCGACGCUGGACGCGCCCGGAGGCCGCGCCCUGGUGGUCCGCAAGGUGCCUCCCGGCUACUCCAUCAAGGUGUUCGAUUUCGAGCGCUCCGGCCUGCUCCAGCACGGCCCCGAGCCCGACGCCGCCGACGGCCCCUACGACCCCAACAGCGUCCGCAUCAGCUUCGCCAAGGGCUGGGGGCCCUGCUACUCCCGGCAGUUCAUCACCUCCUGCCCCUGCUGGCUCGAGAUCCUUCUCAACAACCACAGAUAGCGCCCCCGCCACCUGCCCCGCCGCCAGGGGGGCCCCGUGCCCAGAGACACAGCCCCCACGGACGAACCCCCCCUCCCCAGAUAUCAUCUACCUAGAUUUAAUAUAAAGUUUUAUAUAUUAUAUGGAAAUAUAUAUUAUACUUGUAAUUAUGGAGUCAUUUUUACAAUGUAAUUAUUUAUGUAUGGUGCAAUGUGUGUAUAUGGACAAAACAAGAAAGACGCACUUUGGCUUAUAAUACAGAUAUAUUUUCUUUCUCUUCCUCCUUCCUCUUUAUGUUUUUUUUUCUUUAAAGAAAAUGAUACAGCAGAGCCAGGUGGA